GUUGCUUCCCCUUACUCUCAUCGUAAGAAGACUGCAAAAGAUCGUCCUGUCGCUGUCAACAUGCCGUUCAUGCUGGAUAUACAGCUCGUUGUACAGGGAUUCCUGUACUUGACAACUUUUGUCUUGGGUUUUGUUGUGUCUAUACCACUCGGGGUUACCACGAUAAACUUCGGUGGACAGUGUAUUCUUUAUGGAGACAUUAAGUGGCAAAAUGCAACAUAUUUUAAGUACACGCCAACAGACAUGCACAACUGCAACUUUUCAAUAUAUCUCAAUGUGUUCGGGUGUAUCUUCUACAGCCUUGGGAUGGUAAUCUACCAUGGCUAUGCCCUGACAAGGAAAGACCCAAACAUCGGGUCACAGAUGUGGGUGAUGCCCUUCAUCCUUGUGAAUGCCCUGUUGACUGUUGUAAUAUUCAUAUCAUCCUGUAUGAUCAGUGUGGGCUUCAAGGAGUUCUGUGACGGCCUGCUCCGAGGCACAGAUAAGGGUGCUACUGUCAAUAGCUGUGCAGAUGGCCAGAGGUGGAACUGGAACAAAUUCGGCACCAACUACACGACUGACACCUAUUUCACCUAUCUCACAGUGACUCAGACUGCUACAUGGAUAUCGUUCCUGGUUUGGGCAGCUCAGGUCAUCCUGGGAAUAUUCCGAUUUGUUCGGAACCGGCGCUUGCGAUCUAAAGACCAGUUCCAAGACCCAGCACCCAGCAUAGAUUCGCCAAACAAGACACCAUCAGACUUGGAGAACUUUGCAUCGGUACAACCUUCAGCGUGAUGCUAGUUUCAGAUAAUUACGUGACACCAUCUCAAGCAUGGUGGCUAGUAGGAGGAUAACGAUACCCCUACCUCGCGUAUCAACACAUACUGCGAUACUUGAGUCAUGACAUGAUAUGUAUUGCAAUACUUGGUUUGUGCUGUGUUUGUGUGAACUUCACAUUCCAUGUGGCCUGGCUAACAAGUGGUUGAACUGUCAACCAGCUUAUAUUUAACUUGGGUUAAAUUGAUGAUAAUAUUCUGUUUUGUGAUAGCGGACGGGCCUAAGGGUAAUGCUAACCUGAGUAGUUAUCAGGCUGGCUUGUUGCAAACAGCCAACCAGCUUAUAUAUAUCUUGGGUUAAAUUGAUAAGACUCGUUUUUAUUAUGAUAAUAUUCUGUUUUGUGAUAGCGGACGGGCCUUAGGGUAAUGCUAACCUGAGUAGUUAUCAGGCUGGCUUGUUGCAAAAAGAUACUGCGUUAACCCUCAGGCUGCCAUAUAGAAAUAUCCUGUGCACUAUCGCUGUGCUGAGUUUUCUUGCGACGUUUGGAAAAAUGCAUACCUUCGUCUAAAAACUACACAACAUUACAACGGCAAAACCCACAAUUUCCAAAUUUCACACUAUAACAGUUCAAUAAUAUCUCUAACUUAUUAUGUAAAUAUUAUAACGCUUUAACUUGAUUAUGGGUAUAUAAUAUUUAUUGCAAAAGUGAAGUUUAACAAAAUGUCCAGGGUGACUAUUUUGUUCACAUUGCACAUUGGGUCAUUAGUGCGUUUCAUCAGGUUCUCUCAUGAAAAGUACUGCAAAGCGAUCUUCAGCUUCAGCUGCCAUUUUGUGUAAGGUUUCAGCAAAGCAGUUGUGGCACCUUUUGUGUUUUUGCAGACUUUGAGGUUUAAGAAGCGUUAAUGGAAUAUCUAAGCAUUCAUAUCAAUAUGAAAAAUGGCAAUGUUUAACGCAGACUGUUGUUUACAGAUGUCAGUAUGUAUGUAUGACUGAAGGAUUGUUUUGUAUCACACUUUGUGACUCGAUGUGAGCAACAUUAUCUUGUACAAAUACAGGGGCGGUCGAAUAGCCUAGUUGUUAAAACGUUCACUCGUCACGUCGAAGACCUGGGUUCGAAUCCCGACAUGGGUACAAUGUGUGAAGCCCAUUUCUGGUGUCCCCCGCUGUGAUAUUGCUGGAAUAUUGCUAAAAGCGGCGUAUAACCAUACUCACUCACUCACUUGUACAAAUACAGAGAAGAAAAAAGUAACUGCGGGACAAUUGUCCAGAUGGCAUCCAGGGGGUUAAAACAUGAACUGGUACAUGGGUAGGCGUAUUGUGUAUUAUACUGUCAGGUGGAUAUUCAUGAUGGAUCUUUAGUGGCUAGAACAUGAAAUAUAAAAAAAAUUAUCUAUUUUUUACAAUGUUCAUGUGUACUUAUUUACAAAAUUAGAUUGUCCAAAAAAUAUUUUCAUCAGUAUUGUAGGCAAAUGUUAUAACAUGUUCUGGAUAAAUGACUUUGUUCAAAGUUUAUUGUAGUUAUUAGAGUAGUGAUGGCAAUUCAUUGUGCAGAGUUGUUCCCCUUAGGUGUGGCAGAAUCUUAUGACUAUGGGUUUGAAUCCCAGAUCCGCGCUGAUCGUGAUGUCAGCACCAUACCUGUGCUCAGGGUUUUUUGCCAUCUUAAACCUACAUCACUUGGGGCUUUCUUCCCACAUCAAGCUCACACGCCAUGAUAUAACUGAAAUACUGUUCAAAGUGACUAACCAAAACUCACUCACUUUUAGAAUAAAACUUAUUUGUGAUGUAUGCCCUAACGAUUGUUUUGUCCAUAUACAAAAUGUGCAAAUAAUCAAACAUAGAUUUGUUGCAGGGGUAGCUUCCCUGCACUAUUCAGCAAUAAUCAUGAUGUUGUAUUUCACAUGUCUCGACACAUUUAAAGGGUUUUUUAAGCCCCUCUACUUCAGGCACAUACUACUUACCUGUGUUACUUUCACACAACUGUCACAACUUGUUUGUAUUACUGGCUUCGUCCCAGACUGGGUUACGGGUGUCAUGUGAAGCUUCGUUGAAUAUUAACGCAUUUAUUUUUUAAAAUUAUUUGUAUCAUGAAAAUUGGCAAAACGUAUGAUUAUUUUUGUCUUGCAUUAGGACUUAGUGAAAACUUCGAGCUCAUUGACAUAACUAUAUGACAUGACACUUUUACACUGACAGUGAAUAGAUGGAAAUAGUUGUUCUUGGUUAGUAUGUUUUAGACUUGUGUAUUUUGGGGGAAUAAGAACUGCCUCAUUCUCAGACAGUGUUAUCAUGGUUAUGGUUGUAGGCUUAGAUUCCUGUAAGUUUCCCACACCUGUUUGAAUUACUACAUAACUCAGUGACAAAUAUAGGAGAGUUUCAGUAUAUUAAUGUCACUAUUUCUAUAUGUGUUGUGUCCCUGUUGAUGUGUUCACGGUCGAAAGGUAAGAAACAUUAUACAAGCAGGCAAUAUCUUGUUUUGGUGUAGAAAUUUGGACAGCCUGGUUGUCAAAGUAAUUAUUUGAUAUUUGUUAUUGUUAUUUUUAGUUAUUGUAAUUAAGGGGAAAAUGAGAUGUUGAAGUGUUUGUGUGAAUCACCCCAUAUUGCUGUAGUUUAGUCCAUGAAGCUUUCUUUUUUUUUGUCACAAAUGUUUUCAAAUGUUCUAUAUAUAUAUGCCCAUAUUUUAUUUUUGUUAGUGUUAAGUCAUAAUACUGUAUGUCAAGUGUGAUAUGUCAUACAUCCACUAUACAUUUGUGAAUAGAUAAUAAUGUCCUUUUAUCAAGGAUAUACUGAAGAUCAAAAGAAGCUUCUCAAGGUCCCUUAUUUCCUGCGAUCAGCAUAUCUGCAUAUACUUCUUAUUAGCUCAGAAAUGUAGUAUGAGUAUUAUUCCAUGUCUUGAAAUACAUGAAGAAAACAAGGAUGUAAUACUUAAACAUGUACUAACAAGCAAAAGUAACUGUGAUCAUAAUUUAUUGAUAACUGGAAAUUUGUCUUCUACCUGUACUCAACAAAACACUUGUCAGUACUGUGAAGAGGUUCUGGGAUGACAAUUUUGGAGUUUUGGCAUUAAAAAAGAAUGUUUUCCAAUGUUCUUUACUUUUCCAACUGCUAUACAUCGCGUAUGGGGAAUGUGAAAUAAUCAUACAUUCACCAUAAUUUGUGUUUAAAAAUAUUUAUUAGCGCAAUAUUAAAUUUUUGUUCAAUUUUAUUGUAAUAUAC